AUGUCGACGACCCACCUGCGCAUGCCGCCCCACCUGCAGCGCACGGCCCCACUGGCGACGCUAGUCGUCGACGCAGACGCGCCGUCGUGGGCCGUGUGCCGCACGGGCCUGACGCUGGACCGCGGCACGAUCCCGGCCAUGUUCAAUUCGCGCUCGGACCGCACCAUUUUCCGCCUGCCCGAGAGCAACCGCGCCGUGCGCGACUGGCUGUACUCCCGCCCGUUCGUCGAGGCCCUGGGCAACGACGCCUUCGAGAACGCCGCCAUCGAGUCCUCCACCAUCUUCCGCAUGCACCCCAUCGACCCGCACGACCCGUCCAUUAAGAUUUCCCCCACCGUCAGCAGCCACUGGCUCAUGGUCCCGUUCCAGAGCAUCAACGGCGUCACCAUCGGCCUCGUCUACCUCGACGUCCUGUACGAGCGCCCCGAGGAGGAGCUCCGCGUCCCCCCGCUCCCCGUCGGCAAGUUUGCCAUCGAGGACGCCACGGGCGAGGUCUUCGUCACCGCCUGGGGCGACGACAUCAUGAUCAUCGGCUGGAUCCAGAGCAUCAUCAAGUGCGAGCGCGUGCGCGAGCUCCUCAUGUUCAGGCCCCCGCCCCACGACGCCCAGCCCCCGACUGAACUGCUGCGCCGAAACUCGUUCUACGAGCGCCGCGCCUGCCACCUAUGCGGCCACGGCGACCACAUCUCCGGCCUGCCGGAGCCGUGCACGGGCGUGGGCCCGGUCGCCCGCCCGGCCCCGUUCUUGGGCGGCCCCAUGCCGCUCACCAACAUCGCCACCCUGUACCGCCGCUUCCGCGGCGCCUACUUUGGCGUCUGCAUCAAGACGUCGUACGCCAAUAACCGCAUGACCGACCAGGUCCGCGUGCCCGUGUUCUGCGACGUGCGCAAGAGCCUGUCUCCCGUGCGCGAGCGCUUCAAGAUUAACCUGCGCAAGAACGUGCAAUUCUCCUUCGACAGCCCGCUCACAAACACGCUCUUCGGCCUAAGCCCGCGCUCGUCGUCGCGCCUCUUCAUCUUAAACAGUAACAAGCCCGUCUCGUCGUCCCUGGCCAUCAUGGACUCGUCCAAGCGCAAGCGGCGCAGGCGCGACAACUGCUCCACUGCAGACCGCAUGGACGUCUGCUCGCCCAUGUCCAUCGUCGGGGACCACGACGGCAGCAUAGCGUCGUCCGAGCACAGCGAAUCGCCGUCUAGCCGGCCGUCGCACACGCGGCGCAGGGCGGGGAUCGACGAUAUGGACAGGGGCACGACGGCGUUUCAGAGGAAGCAGCGCAACCGACAGGCGGCGGAAAAGUCCAACCAGAAAAGGAAGGAGAGGCUAGAGAAGCAGAAGCGUGAGUUGGAGGACCUGAAAAUGAAAAGGCAGAAGCUAAUGUGGAGGCAAAAGGAGCUGCAAGAUGAAAACGCCAACCUCAAAGCCCUCGUAAGUGCCCCGAGUAUAGAAGACGCAAUGCAAAAUCCAUUUAUGGACGUCAUGGACGACGGUUGGAACGCGUUGGACCAGCCAGAAGAAUGGCUAUAGCUUGUAGGUUGCCAUUUGCACUAGUUUAUUCAUAGGUGUGGAUACAUUUCCUGCCUUUCCUUCCUUCCUUCCUUUAAGGGCCAACACUGCACUUUGAGCAACGCGCAGUGGGGGUUCGGGGCUGGGGUAGAGGUAGAGUCGCGGAAGGGGGGAGGGGACAGGUAGAAAGUGCUAUCGUUGUGAUAGUUUUUUGUACUGUAUGUAGAGGGAGCAGUGUGGAAGAAAAUGUUGAAAUGCUUGUA